UUAAUUAACACCGUUAAGCUUCCAUCUAAACCCCGACCCGCCGCGAUCAGAUCGAGAAAACGCGCCACUCUUAUCAAACCACCACCAACAAACACCCACACGGGGACAUGUUACAUGUUCCAUUCCAUGACAUGAUAUGACAGUUCCCAUUCAGUCGCAGGCAUGUCCUGCCCACCGCCAUCGCAGAAACUAAUCCCCGCCGGAUUCGUCGACGACAACGACGAUAACAGCACCGAUUACGGAUCCGACUUCACCCCGGACGAAGUGGACGAACUGUUCGCCAAAGUCGCCCCGGAACACGCGACCGGGCAGAACGUGCCGGCCACCAAGGGAGAAAAAGAACAGGAACAGCAACAAAAGGAAGGGAAAGAGCAGGAGAGGAAGAUUGUGGGUGAUAUUGAAGAUUAUUAUGCGGGUUCACCGUUGUCUCCCCGCGUGCCUAAGGUACUUGGGAGAGAGAGAUUUGGUUCGCCAUGGCAUCAGAAGCAACAGCAACAGCAACAGCAAAAGAAUACUGGUAGCAGACCAGGUCAGAUGCCAGGCAACGCUGGCACCGCGUCUGCGUUUAGUUGAGCAUCCGAAUUCCAUCGAGGGACGAAAAAGAGAUCGUGAACGGGCCAUCGCGCGCGAGAAAGAGUGGACGAAACAAGAGGACGAGAAUAAUAAUGCGCCAGAUCUUCGAUCUCCGAUAGAGCGAUUCAGACUCCCGCCCAAUAAGCCAUUUUCGGUAACGGAUUUGAUUUCCCCCGCGUGGUGCGAGUUGCAGUAUUGGUAUACGUUGACCAAGUUUGGGAGGAAGAGACGGACGCCUGCGAUGAAGCAGGGGAGUACCAUACACAAGACGCUGGAGGAUGAGAUCUACACGACUGUUUCGGUGGAGAUUACGACGAGGGAGGAUGCGUUGGCGUUGAGGAUUUGGAAUGUCAUUCAGGGUCUGCGGAUGCUGCGGGAGUAUGGAAUUACGAGGGAGUUGGAGGUUUGGGGGCUGGUGGAUGGGGAGCUGGUGAAUGGGGUUAUUGACCAGCUCUCGUUUGAGUGUCCGGAUUCUGAUCUUGAGGCUACGGCUGCAGAGUACUAUGCCGAUGUGGAGGUUUCGAGGGCGGCGAUGCCAGAGUACCAGAUGUCGCUGACGGAUUAUUUGCUGUCUCCGUCGCAGGGUGGGAGGAGGUUGUCUGAUGCCUCGUGGCAGAAUGCUCCUUCGCUAACCCCCGAUGACUCGGUCAGCCAGCAGCUUUCCCCAGAGGUCUUCAGUUUGCCCAGGGUUUAUAUGACGGAUGUCAAGACGAGAGCGAGUAACUCGACUCCCACUGUCAAGAGCUCGUCUUUUCGACCGACUCUGCUCCAGCUCCAGAUGUAUUAUCAUAUGCUCAACCGUCUUGUCCUCAGCGACGAUGUCACCGUGGAAUUGCUUGCGUCACGGUAUAACCUAGACCCUGAGCGCAGCUUCACGGACGCCUUCAUCACCGAAGUGGGCGGUUUAAACGAUCAAUUCUUCGAUGCGCUGUCCACGCAGGACUUUGAUUCUGAUUUCAUUGCCUCCCCGGAAGACGCAAAAGGAAUCUCCCGAGACUCAGACUUCACUCCCCCGGCCAGCCAGGACUCGAGCACCAUUCUCCUCACACAUAACAAUCUCUCCAGUCUCUGGAAGUUCAUGAAAGACCAACUCCGUCUCACAUUCCUCCCUCCCCCCGAAUCCAUCGUCGCCGCCUCCAUCCCCUCCAAGACUCAGCCAGCCCUUCUCGAGCCCUACCCAACCGUCCUAUCUCCCCUCUUAACAGCCCGAUACCUCUCUUCUGCCCCAACAACCGACCUCCAACCCCGAGUCCUAGGAAGCCGAUCCUUCCUAUUCGACCCCACGACCCUACACUCCUACCUGGGCGACCAAAUGAGCUGGUGGCGCGGUACACGCGACCCGCGCGGCGUCGAGGUCAUGGAAGCGUGGAAAUGCCGACUCUGCGAUUUCCGCGAUGAUUGUGUCUGGCGCGAGGAGCGCGAAUGGCAAAUGGCGAAUCGGAAACGGGGGAGGAGGGGUUCUGCUUCGAGGGGGUUUGUGGAGGGGGUUGCAUUUGGUUGAUUCUCUCUCUCUCUCUCUCCCUCUCUCUGUUCUUUAAGCCGGAGGCUUUUUGUGUUUUGUUUUCAUCUUUGGCGUUUAGAGAUUUUAUUUGCAUGUGCAUUUGCAUUUGGUUGCCCAGAUUAUGGGUGGUGGUAUCUGGUUACACAGGGUAUAGAAGGUAUUGGUCGUUUUAGGCAAUUAG